AUGACCCCUCGAAGCAUUUUCACAAGGACUUGGAGGAGCUUCCAUUUUCAACUCCAAAUAGAAAUUGGUACUCUUUAUUAUCCAAUCCUAUUAUUUAAAUACUCUUUUCAUUCUUCUAAUUCCACCCGCUCUCGUAAAGAUGCACGCUUGAGGUCUAAAUUCUAUUCUGCUUCAUUUCCGGACCUUGAUGAUGCACUGUCUUCCUUUAAUCACAUCAUUCUUAUGCAUCCUCUCCCUUCUAUUGUUCAAUUUGUUCGAUUUUUAUCUGCUCUUGUCAGAAUGAAACAAUACCACACUGUUCUUUCCAGUUCCAGAAAAACUGAUUCUCUAGGUAUCUCGCGCAGUGUUAAUUCCCUUAACAUCUUGAUUAAUUGCUACUGCCGGUUACAUCGUGUGGAUUUUGGCUUCUCAGUUUUGGGAAAAAGCCUCAAACUUGGUUUAGAGCCCGAUAUUGUGACAUUUACUACCUUAAUUGAUGGGAUGUGUAAAGACAGAGGUUUUCAACCUGAUGUUUAUACCUACAAUGUGAUAGUAAAUGCUGUGUGUAAAUUCGGCAAAACAGAUGGGGCUACUGGGUUGUUGAAGGAAAUGGUUGAGAGAGGUUGUGAGCCAAAUGCAGUGACCUACAAUGCAAUCAUCGACACCCUUUGCAAGGAUAAGCUAGUUGCUGAGGCAUUAGACCUCUUCUCUCGAAUGAGGAACAAGGGCAUUUCACCUACUGCUGUCACUUACAACUGCCUAAUUCACGGUCUUUGCAGUUUAGGUAAAUUGAAUCAAGCUUUAUCCUUGCUGAAUGAAAUGGUGGUGCAGAACAUAUCACCAGAUGUUUAUACCUUCAAUAUAUUUUUUGACAAUCUUUUUAAGGAAGGAAUGGUUUCAAAGGUUCAAGAAAUUUUUGGCAUAAUGGUUAAAUGGAAUAUUAAGCCUGAUUUGGUUACUACAAUUCAUUGA